GGGAGUAAAGCGUAUUUACACAGACGGUGAACCGCCUGGGGAAUCGUAGGGGAGAGGAAGUCGGCCGGCUCUCUGUCUGCCUGCUCCAACUUCCUGCAAAAAAAAAAAAAAAAAAGCCAGGAUCUUAUUUCAGUCCAGCAGAGCUGUGUAGCCUAGCUAGACGACAGUCAGCAUGGAAAAACAAGGGAUCAUACCAAUUUAAUCAUAAAAGUUUUGCAAGGAGGGGAAGGAAAGGCAAACAAGGUAUCGCAGGUAUGGACAGCGCCAUCACGUUGUGGCAGUUCCUGCUGCAACUUCUCCUGGACCAGAGCCACAAGCACCUGAUCUGCUGGACAUCCACUGACGGGGAGUUCAAACUGCUCAAGUCAGAGGAGGUGGCCAAGCUGUGGGGGCUCCGCAAGAACAAGACUAAUAUGAACUACGACAAGCUGAGCAGAGCACUGAGAUACUACUAUGACAAGAACAUCAUCAAGAAAGUGAUCGGCCAGAAGUUUGUCUACAAGUUUGUCUCGUUCCCGGAGAUCCUGAAGAUGGACCCUGCGGUGGUAGAGAUGGGCUUGACGUCCGGCAUGGUGACCCUCCAUGAGGAUGACGUCCAGGACAUAGACGUAGAGGAGGAAGAGGAGGAGGCACAGCAGCAGAGAAGAGCCGUGGGGGCAGCGUUGGGGGCGGCUGCUGCGGCUCAGCAGGCUGCGUGUCGUAACGACUACCUCCGCUCUGGUCUCUACUCCUCCUUCAGCGUCAGCUCCCUCCAUCAUCCUCCAGAGGAGCUGCUCAGAGCCUUGAGGGAGAGGCAGGAGAGACAGCAGGAUGAAGCCCGGUCCGGAGUCAUCCGCUUCGGGGCUGGUACCACAGAGAGAACUCCACCCUCACCCUCCCACAUCAAGCCUUCAUCACAAUCCUUCAGCAUCCACAGUCCAUCUAAACCCUCCCCCCUCCACCACCAUCACCACCGGCGCUCCCCGUCCUCCUCCCCACCCAGCCCUAACCCCCAGCCGGGACCAGGGCGAGGAGGCUGGAGCCCAGAGGCUGAAGAGGAGGAGGGGGAGGACUCUGACCAGGGGGCCCAGCCCUUGAAUCUCUCCUCUGGGCACAGAGAGAGAGAGAGGGCUCUGCAGCCUCCGGAGAAGAGGACCAGUGGUGGUAGUAGGGGUAGUGGUAGUAGUCAUGGAUACAGGGAACAUGGACUCCCACCCAAAACAAAGAAGCCCAAAGCCCUAGAGAUUCCUGCCCCCUCCCUGCUCCUGACAGGAAGUGACAUUGGCUCCAUAGCCCUUAACAGUCCCGCCCUGCCGUCCGGGUCCCUCACCCCGGCCUUCUUCACUGCACAGACUCCGUCUGGCCUGCUGCUGGCUCACAGCCCUCUGUUAUCAGGCAUCCACUUCUGGAGCAGUCUUAGUCCCAUAGCCCCUCUGAGCCCUGCACGGCUCCAAGGACACGGAUCUCUGUUCCAGUUUCCCAGUCUAAUGAAUGGACACCUCCCUGUCCCCUUGCCAAACCUGGAUGGGUCCCCCUCCCCCCUGCUCCUGUCCCCUGCCAAUCACAAGUCCUGAUUCAGACUCUCAAAACCCAAACCAGCCUGUUGGUUCUACUUUGACCAUCUUCAUCAAGCAUCUCUUCUCAUCGCCUAUAAAAUCCUCAUCCUCCUCUGUUUAUUUUACAGGCAAACUUGCUUUUGAUUUUUGGGGGUCUCAAAAACUCCACAUCACCCACAUCUAUAAGUAGUAGUAUUAUCAUCAUCUUCAUCAUUAGCCUUCAGUUUCUGCAAAAUUAUUUGACGGUGUAAAUACUCAUGAUUGACUCCACAUUUACAUGGCAUGUUGACCUCACUUUUUAUUGCACUUAAGUUGGUUACAAUUCCAGGUGCGUUGUUGAAAGCACUCGGUUAAAGCCAUACACCAUGAGGUCUGUGAGACCUCUGGCGUGUCAUAAUUAAGUGCAUUUCCACAGCAGGACCCUGUCCAAGUGGACAGUAGUUGGGGUUAGCCCGUCUCUAGGUCUGUUUGUUCCAUCUUGACAAAUGGUGUGACAAGGAAGAUGACGGCAAGACAGCACAAACAGGUCUAGGACCAGGCUAGUUAAGCAUAGCUUAGCGAUGUUUAACAACAUGUAAGACAGGAUCCACGUGUCAGCUACCAACUUCCCUCUCCAUGCACAGGGCUUGGUUGUUUUAAUCUUGUAAAAAAAUUGUUUCUUGUCGUCUUUUUUAAAGAUUUUCAUAACAGAAUGUGAAACAUUGUUUCCAUUGAAUUGAAUUGUAUUAUAUGCAGUGUGCUUUUCAAAUAGUACCGGCUGUGCCUUUUCAAAAUGUUCGAUUUUUCCUUCUUAAAAAAAAAAAAAAGAAAAAAAGUUAUAUAAAGAGGAGAUUCCAAAUCAAUUGCAAAAGAUUUGUAACACUUUGUAAUGUUUUUUUGUUAUGCAGUAUAUAUUCUGUAUCAUUUUAUAUUGGUGAAAAGUCUUGUUGUUUUGAAUAAACCUGAAGCAUUGAAUGCUGCAACUCU